AAUCAUGAGAAUCAAAGACUAAAUCUAAGUUUCAAAACAUCUGAUGCAAACAAACACAAAACAUGAACCACAAUGAUGCAAAAGCGAAGAUGAACGAAAUACCGAAAGAGAUGAAAUUUUUCUGGAAAUCAAUUUUUAUGAAGCUUUGGAGGAAGUAUCUGAGUACAUUUCAGCAGAGUAACAAUACGUUUUUCUUCCUCCCCUUUGCUGCUGUUGGUGAAGCAUGUAUUAUAUAGGCAAGAGAUUAGGUUCUUCUCUCUCGCGCGCUCCCUCUGCAACUCAGUUUGCGCCGCUCCAUCCGUCACUGAAUAAUUUCGCAUGUAAAUCUCGUUUUGCUUGAAAAGUCACGUGAAGAAACCAAUGAAUUCUGAUUUAAGGUCAUUCUAAACUGGGACAACAUUGUAGAUGUAUAUGCUAAAGAUAGAGCAAGUGAAAUUGGAGAAGAAGACGCAUUUGACGCAGAUGAUGUCAUGAGCAAUGAAAUAAAUGUAGAGGAAGAAGGUUCUAGUGUGCAUAUUAAUUUAGAGGAACCAAGUUCUACAACAAAGAAGGUGCCAAAGUCCCUUUUAACCUGCGUUUUUUAUUCGCUCCUCUUUCCAUCAUGGUUUUGAAUUUGACCCUAGCGGCACCUCACGAAGCCGAAAACCAAAUUGAAGUAUCUUUGAAACAAUCCCUCGAAUCUCUGGAACCUUCCUUGAGACCACCCUUCGCCUUAACCAUUCCAAAACCCGAUGAAUAUGCUCAGCUCAACUGUGCAAUCCUUCACGGUAUUCUCACCGAACCCCAUUUUGCCAAAACCCACAUUAAACACUUGCACGCUCUUGUCACCGACGGUUAUGCCACCUUCCUCAACUUGCUCCUCAAAAGUGUUCACCACCUCUACCCAAAGCUCCUUAGAUCGGUGAAAAACCAGUUGCUUUGGGUCACCAAUGAAAUGGUUCGGGUCUCGGCGAUUGGCUACGACGCUCUCUUGGUUUCCCUUUUGAGGCAAAUCGUUGGCGGUGAUUUCAGCGACGACAAUUUGUGGCUUUGUACGAAGUUGGUGACCCUCUUAUUGGAUAAAUGGGAUUGCUUCUUGGAAGAAGCGCCCCACAUUUUGUGCAGUGCUCUGUAUGUGUUUCUUCGAGUUUUGGCUGAUCAUUGUAGGCUCAGUGGUGAAAAGUUGGAGUCUUUGAAGCGGUUGGAGAUUCAGUUGUGUGUGAAAAUAGUGAAGGAAGAGUUUCACUUAUGUUUAAAAGUUGGGAGGGAUUUUGUUCGGUUGUUGCAGGAUUUGGUUCAUGUUCCUGAGUUUAAGUCUAUAUGGAAGGAUCUAAUUUUGAAUCCAUCUAAGUUUAAUACAUCAGGAUUCGGUGGUGUUUCUCAGAUUUAUUGCACUAGGACUUCGAGUAGGUAUGCUUUGCUUAGGAUCACUCCCGAAAUGGAAACUCAAUUGCGGUUUUUGCUUACCCAUGUGAAGCUGGGGCAUCAAAAGAGGCAUUUGAUGUGGUUUACUAGGAAAUUUUUAAAUGACCCUGAUAAAGAGACUGUUAUAGUUGAUAUAGUUAGAUUUAUAUGUUGUGCACACCAUCCUCCGAAUGAGAUUAUUCAGUCUGAUGUGGUUCCGAGAUGGGCUGUUAUUGGUUGGCUUUUGACAACUUGUAGGAGGAAGAAUUAUAUUGAAGCCAAUGUGAAACUGGCUUUGUUUUAUGAUUGGCUCUUUUUCAAUGAAAGGGUGGACAAUAUCAUGAACAUAGAGCCUGCUAUUUUGUUGAUGGUACAUUCUAUUCACCAAUAUGUGGACAUGACCAACACUCUUCUGGAGUUUUUGUUACUUCUUGUGGACAACUAUGAUAUGGAACAUAAGGAUAUCGUUGUUAAAAGUGUCUCAUCGGCCUUUCGAUUUCUUGAAAGCAAAGGUGUGAUUCAGUCGCUUGAUGUUUUGACUUCUUGUCCUACAAUAUCUCCUUCUCUAAAAGAGGGAUUGAGUAGACUAUUAUCAUGUGGGAAGCUUGGAAGUUCUAAAGGAUUUCUGUCGGGUAGUUAAUAGUCUACUAUGGCCACCUUCAAGUUUCUCUAAUUUGUCUCAAGUACUGAGUCAGCUAGGGCAACAAAUGGUGUAAUUUCUGCAAAAUUUAUAUAUCAAGCCACCAUUUCUCAAUAAAUAAUGAGCUUAGCUAAUGCCACAAGGACAUUGUCAAUAAGAGGCUGGCUGCUACGAGAUAAGAAAAUGCUGCGUAGGAGAAAUGACUGAAAGAAACAGCUCCAUGCUUUUAGGAAGUCUUGUGAUAUCAUAGAACCAGAUGUGAGUAUUGAUAGUAAAACUAACUUAUUAUAUUACAGAAGGAAACAGUCUUUCGAGUGUGUUCAAGAACCGGCUUUGUUCAUUUUAAAACACACUAAGUAGGGGAGGAAAGUUUCAAACUGUUAUUGGAUUAGAAAAAAUAGUGGGACAGGGAGAGAGCAGGCUCUUGAAUUCAUGUCACCUUGUUGUAACUUGUUACUCUGUUAUGAAUUUUCUCUGUUUAACGACAGAAAAAGUAAUGGUUUGUUCAUGACUAAUCUGUUGAUCAAUAAACAUCACCAUUAGGUAGUAAA